AUUGAAUACUCAAACAACGCUGACGCACAAGCCUAUAUUUUAUAUAUAUUCACCCUACAGCUGCCUUUUUGUCAGACGGCUUCGAAGUGCGUCAUUCGAAUAUCUACAAUGAUAUUCGUUAUACUUGUUUCUGUUUUUACCAUAGGGGCAGCAGACUUCGACUACCAUGGCAGACCAACCUUUGCGGAUGUGCUAAAGUUUUAUAAACCUGGGCAAAUAACAUAUUUGGUGAAGAGAACGUAUAUGGUGAAAAUGAACGGUGAAGACCCGACAUGCAUUCACAACAAAGUGGAGAGUGUGAAACAGACCACCGUGCAUCUCAGUCAAGGUUAUACUCAUCAGUAUAAAAAUGUUCAAUAUCCAGUUAAGGUAACGGUUUCAACCUACACGACAACAGAUGAGGCGCCUUCACUGACGGCCGUUAGAACCGACAAUAAAACAGUAAACAGAGUAUACUACUUUCAUUUCUACGAUCCUGUGGCUCAGUGUGCCGUUCUCACAUUCAAGGACUACUCAGGUGUCUUGAGAUGUGAACUGCAUACUUGGAAAGAAAAGGCUUACUAUUACUAUUACGGAAACUGUCAAGAAGAAUAUGACUACCAGUGCCCUGGGCGGACAAGUCACAGCGUAUAUCUGAAGUAUUGCCCUCACAUCAAAUGAGUGGCAGAAUUUUGACGCACAAUAAAA